CUCAGAUAUAAUGUGAUGCUGAGACCUAAAGGACUACAAGAACUGAUCUAGACAAGCAGCCUGCAUCUCCCAGGAUCUGAUACCAAGUUGCGAAUAACUCUUCACUGGUUGUAUCGAGGGCCGUGACUUGGAGCAAGAAACAGGACUCUCGGUGUGAGAAGUGGGAGCCAUAUAAAGAGGCUACAGAGGGAAACAUCGCAACCUUUGGACUUUGGAACCAGCCCAUUGUGAAUUUCAAGGACGAGCACUCCUUGCAUAAAGACGAGCAGAUUUCGAGGUGUAAUCUAUCCAGAACCCUACAGGUUCCUAACUACACACCAACAUGGCCAUGUACAACAGUUGCUUGGACAUCAAUCCCCAACUGGAGAAGUACUACCUUCCAACUGUGUAUGGAAUACAGUUCAUUUUGGGACUUCUGGCCAAUCUUACUGUAAUAUGGGCUUAUCUAUUCUGUCUGAAGGAGUGGAAGUGUUGCAACAUCUAUCUUUUCAAUCUUUCCAUCUCAGACCUAAUAUUCACUUGCUCCCUUCCCUUGCUGAUAAGCUAUUAUAGCAGUGGCAACCAAUGGGGUUAUAGUGUUCUCACCUGUCAGAUAAAUAAAUACAUCCUUCACUUUAACAUGUAUGGAAGCAUUUUGUUUCUCACCUGCAUCAGUUGGGAUCGGUACCACCUGGUGAGACAUCCCUUGAAGGUCCACUGCAUGCAAAAAAAGGUGAACGCUGUUUUCAUUUGCCUAAGUAUCUGGGUAUUUGUUACACUGGAGUUACUUCCCAUUUACACCUUUUUUGAUGAUGACAGUUAUAACAACACAGGCAAUGGGGACUUUGAAUGUUCUGACUAUGCCAGUUCAGGAAAGGCCUUGGCAAAUCUGUUUUACAGUUUGUACCUCACAGUUGCUGGGUUCUUCAUACCCCUGUGCAUUAUGCUCUUCACGUACAUCAGAACUGUAGGCAGCCUAAAGAAAAUGAAGCGAGAAACCAGUAAGAUCCAGAUCAACAAACCUCUCAGGAUGGUCAUUUUGGCCAUUGGUAUUUUCAUUGUGCUCUUUACCCCUUACCACAUAAUGCGCAAUGUCCGCAUUGUGUCCCGACUGGAAGGUGUAAGAAUGUCCGUGUGUGGCAAAUUAGCCGUGAAGGCCAUUUACACCAUCACCAGACCUUUGGCUUUCCUCAAUUCUGUUAUAAACCCUGUUUUCUACUUCAUGAUGGGUGAUAAAUUUAGGGAGCAAAUUGUCAACAAGCUGCAAAAAAUCUUCUUAAGAAAACCCGGAGCCUCAAAUAAGAAAGAGGAAGGCCUCAGUAAAUCCAUUGGGUUCAAUAAAGGCUCAGUUGAAUUAACUGUUUGAUAAAACAAUGGUAUUGAUAGCCAGGAGCAACAGAA